UGGGGCGGAGCGGGGCGGGGCGGCCGGUACCUGUGGGCGCAGAGCGCCGCGGCCCUGCCCGAGAAGGGGAUAGCGCCGGCCCGGCCCAGUGAGCCUGCUGUUAACAUCGUGUUCUGUCAAAUGUACUUGGACACACAAUGAAAUGUAGGCAACUUCAGCCUUUAACUUUGAGUUGGAGGAAGUCAAGCUGUUUAUCUUCAGUUAAAGAAAGCAAAACUGAAUGGGGACUUUUUGCUGUAGCACAGUGUUAGUGUCCAGGCCAGACAGCAGAUUAAGAUUCAAGCACCCUUUAAGGACCAAUGUACCCAAUAGCUCAUGGAAGAAAAAAAUCAAACCAGGACAUCCUUGGUUUCCAGACUACCAAAAUAUGGAACAAAAACUUUAGGAAGUGUUUUGCAACCUAUGCCAAAUGGGACUGCUGUUAGUUUAGCAGGGAGCAAUGGUGGCAAUAACUUUGGCAAGCACAAUGGCACCGUUCGCAUGUCUUCCUUUGCUUUCAAUUGGAAAAAAUCAAAUAAAUAUCAACUUCAUGAUCAAAAUGAGAGAGAGACCAACUCUAAGCUUAACUAUAAUGAAAAAUUAAUUGAUUCUGAGAAGUAUUCUCAGUCUCAAGGAGCAUUGGGUAACGAUGUGCUCAGGGUGGGUUUGAACAGUACUGCUUCGGUUGUGUCAAAAGCGGCAAAGCAAACCAAUAUGUUUGUAUCUUCUACUGAGGAAUUAAACCAAAAGUCAGUGCCUGGACUCUCUAGUUCAGCAAAAUUCGCCAAAGGUACCCUGUCAGGAAGGACCUCAUAUUCUGGACUCAGUGCUCCAAAGUCCCAUUUAAAUGGAUUUUAUGGGAAUAGGCCAGUGGUAGGCUUGCAGCGACCUAGAGCUAAUUCCAGUGCCACAAGGACAAGUUCAGGAGAAAGCCUGGCACAGUCUACAGACAACAGCAAGGAUUUUUCCUGUGAAAAAAUGGUAAGAUCACAAAGUUUUUCACAUUCCAUUCAGAAUUCUUUCCUUCCCACUGCAUCUUUAACCAGGUCACAUUCCUUUAAUAAAGCUGUGGAUCUUACAAGGCCUUACCAUAGUCAAAAUGUAGCUGCCAGGACGUCUCAGAGGUCGACUUUGCUGUCAAGAAAUGCACGUCAGACGUUGGAUGCACCCAAUGGAAAUGAACCUAUGAAGUAUGGUUUUAGCAGGCCCUACUCUAGUAUGUCAGCUCCUUGUUCCAAGAAGCCUCCACUGUCAAAUGGAUCUGGAUCAGCACUUUCUUUUGGAUACAGAUUAAGUCGUCCUUCUCUGCUGAAGCCUACCAGGCAGCGAUUUACUGGAAAUAUUGUUGUGGAUGACAGCAAAAAUACAACUCCUGACAUUUGCAUUGUGGAGAACUCUGAAAUUUCAACAAAUAUUAAUAGAGCAAUUGAGAAAAACAGUAUUCUAGAGAGCAACGCUCAAAGAACAGAAUCUGAUGAGAGUCCACAUGAAAGUGUGGGAAAACACGGGUCAAAACUCAUGUGUAUGAGUGAUGAUGGAGAUGAAAUAUCUAUAUCUUCUCUGUCAUCCUCUGAAAAAAAUGAUUUGAGUGAAGACUUCAGUGAUGACUUCAUAGAUAUAGAAGACCAAAACAGAACUAUACAAAUACCACAAAAGGAAAGCUGCCUUCAAGAUUUAGAGCACGGGAGUAGAACGUCAAUGGAGCCGUUCACUUCUCUCAAGGACAGUGGAGGAUCUUGCUGUAAUGCUGAUGACUGGCUUGAUAUAAAUGUGUCUGCAGUGGAUGACAGCAGUGAAAGCACAAAGCCUACUGCUGAGAAUGUGGUUUCCUCAGAGAUGAAUUACAGAACUGGAUCUUCUUUUGAGCUUUCUCCAUCCGACAGCUCUGAUGGCACCUAUAUGUGGGAUGAAGAAGGAUUGGAACCUAUUGGAAGUGUCCAUCCAUGUGGAAGUUAUGAAUCUUCAGAAAUGAACAGCAUAGAUAUCUUGAAUAAUCUUGAUUCUUGUGAUCUUGAAGAUGAUGAUCUCAUGCUUGAUGUGGACCUGCCUGAGGACUCGCCUCAUGACAAAGAGGAAUGUGAAAAUAUGAGCCAUUAUGAUAGACAAGACAGAAAUGCUAGGCAACAUCAGGAAGGAUUCUGGAAAAGAGCACCACAACAGCGAUGGAAUACACAGGAUCACUAUCAUCUCGGCCAUACUGAUCACUAUAUUCAUGGUAAAAAUGACUUGAACAGGGGAUCGAACUACUUGGAAUCUUCUGUUGGUCACUUGGAAAGCUAUGGAGCACCAAAUUUUUACCAGGGUCCUAGACAGCUGGUGGGCUUACCGGACAAUACUGUGAUGAUUGAUGAAAUGACCCUUCGACACAUGGUCCAAGACUGCACAGCUGUGAAAACUCAGUUGUUGAAGUUGAAAAGGUUACUGCACCAGAACGAUGACAAUGUGUCACUCCAGGACAUCUCACUCUCAGUUCCAUCAAGUCCAGAACCACAAGAACCUGAGUCAACUUUUAAGAUGGAUGAUCUCCUGAAUGAAAUCAGGCAGCUUAAAGAUGAACUGAAGAAAAAAGAUGAAACAAUCAACCAAUUAGAGCAUCAACUUGCCACUAGAUGUAACUGCCAGAAAGACAAUAAAAAACCUACAGGGACAACAUACAUGUAUGCUGAUAAAUUUACGCAAACCUCCUGGAGAAGAAGUUCUCCUCAAGUACUACAGCCUUCCAGCAGCCUUCCCAGUUCCACAGACCUCGCCCAGGGAAAACUAACAAAAAUGCCACAUAUCGAGGCCCCCAGUGAAUAUCCCAAGUGCAGUCUGCAUGAAAAUAGCAAUCAUCAGAAUCAAAAUGCUGCAAAUGUCUCUCUCACAAAUAGCCUGAAUGAUAUAAACUCUUUAAUGAACAUUCAAUUAAACAUUAAAGAUGAGAAUGCAUCAUAUUUGGACAAUUUGAAAAACAAAAAUACUGGAGAGGUAGCUGGUAGUAAAGAAGUCGCAUUACCAUCUCGUUCCUGUUUUCAGACCUCUCCACAAGCUGAUGCUAGAGAGGUGCAGACUGAAUUAACUAUGAAAGGUCAACCCUCACUCACAAACCAGGCUCCUCAGCCAAAGACUUCAAGAAUUGCCAAGCCCCCAACUGCUUUAGUGCCUCCGACAAUGGCUGUUCUCGCACGAUCUGCAAAUCAUUCCUCUGCUUCCAAGGAACGUGAGCUUCUACCGUUAAGUAGUUCAGCUCAGCUACAGCCAACAUCUAGUCAAGAUAACCUAAAGGGUAAACAGAGUCAGAAAGUGUCUAAACUUCGCCCACCAACUACUUUUAAGUCUAAGCAAAUGAGCAGUCAGAAAUCCACACCAGUAUCGCCAGAGCCUCAAAACACCAGUGUGAAGACGAGCAUCCCAAAGCCACUGGUACAGAGAAAGGAAAUGACGCCAAUGUCCAAUAUCGGUUUGCGUUCCCGCCUCCCUAAACCAAAGACACAUUGAGAACGUACCUACAGCUCGUUGAAUGAUGCCAUACAUUAAACUGCUUUCUAAGUUUUGACUGCCUGUGAGGUGGCUUUACCUACAGCCUGCAAAACCUGAGCAAAUAUUAAAAGUAGCAUCUUUGUGUAGUGCUUGCAUACUCCAUCCUGUCACGUUUUGAAGCUCUUGUUACGAGCUGUGCAGCUGCUCUUGAGAGUUUUAUUACAUUGAAGGUCUCUUUUAAAGGUCAUAUUGCCCAGUGUUCUGAGUAGUUAACCAAAUAAUGAAGUCUGUGGUGACCAUGAAUACCAGAGUGCUGCACUGUGUAUUUCAGUAUGGCAGAAAUCAUUUCUUACCUCUGAGUUGUUAGACAAUGAAAUUAUUAUUCGGUUUAACUUCUUGAUUUUGAGUAUUUGUUAGAUGAGAGUAGUGGAAAAUUAGACUUACUGGCAGAUGUUUUGUUGGCCAUAAUUCUGACUCUGUAUUCCAGAGGCCUAUGCAAAAAUCCUUGUAUUUAUCAUCUCAAGACUGACAUAUUUAAUGUUAUUUAAUCUGAUGGAUGGGGUGGGUUGUUUUGUUUUGCUGUAAUCUGAAAUUGCUCUAUUCUUUAUUUAUCCUGUUUUCACUGUUCACAGACAAUAAGAGUAUUUCACAGGGUGAAAUGAAUCUUCUCUCUUAAUCAUCAUCAUUUGUUAAAAUGAUUGUGAUAUGUUUUUAUUGUGUUGAAUAGACACAUGACUGGGUAGAUUCUUAAAACGCAGUGCUUAGGAAACUUGUGCAAAGCCUUCCAAUACAGGCUCUUACAAAUUGGUAAUUAAGGAGCCUCUGGUAGUAAGGGGGUCCAUUACACCUUUGUUGAGGUUGCACAACGUGCAUUUUUAAUAUUUUUAAACUUUUAUUGUACUACUUGUAUUUAUUGAUUUCUGUUUAAUGUUGAAAGACUCUGAAGUACCUGACUUGAAAUUUUGCACAAACUUUGCCAUGUGUAUGAGGAUUUGAAACUAUUUUACAGAAUAAAACUUGUAUUUAAAAAAGCAGCUAUUUUUGAAAAAGGACAAAGAAUGAAUUAGCCCCACUUCUUUGCUUUGAGCAAUCCUAUUAUGUCCUAAUCCAGAGCUGGUACUCUUAAGAGUUUUUCAGAGAUAUGUAUUUUGGUUUGGGGUUUUUUUCUAAGUUGAGUUUUUUGUUGGGGUGGUUUUUUUUUAAUUUCUAAAAUGCAUGAUAACUGGGAAGGAGCUUUUGGGGGAAAUAAAGAAACAUUUUUCUGCUCUCUAGGACAAGUAUUUUUUUCUGAAAGUGGUCUGGAAAUACAGACCCGUCAUGGUGCAGCUAUGGGACCAUGACACACGUUCUGUGAGUUAAAUGCAUAUCCAGUGAAGCUUUCCAGAAACUUAAGGUUAUGUCCCAUCUCCAGUUCUUCCCUUCUUUCCCAUCACUGUCUCUUGAAUGUUACCAAUUGGGGUUUGGCUUUUUGUUUUUUUUCUUCCUGUUCAUGGUUUUCAAAUCAUCAGCGGAAGGCUGUUACUGUAACUGCUCAAAAUCUCUUCCUGAACUGCAAAUACCCUCAGUGAAAUGAAACAGAGUAAUAGAUUGUUCCAGGCUUUGGCUAUUGCAUGUUGAGAUGUUACAGUAUUUCCUUUGAGAGAAUUAAAGCAAAUAGGUAAUACACAUUUCAUAACUAAGUUCAAUAAUCAACUUCUGUAAUGUAAGCCCUGUAACUAGGGGUAUCAUGAUGGAUUCCUUAGUUGGGUGGCAGAAGGAAAACAACCAAUUAUCUCACCUGAGUUUUGCAGUACAUAAUUGAUAUCAAAGAAAAUAUUUGGAUCUGUCACACUGUAAACUCUUUUAACUGACAAUGAAGUGGAAAAAUUAAAAGCUUGGGGGGUAAAUGAGUAGGAGGAAGGUUGUAUUUCAGAAGUGCUUAUAUCAGUCUGCAAGAGAGACCUGCAGGACUUCUUGGGAUAAGCAAAAAAUAACAAGAGUAACAUUAAUUGUUACAGUUAAAAUAGGAUCAAAAUAACUAUAAUUCAAGAUUACUGUAACAAUUAUUCAAAAAAAUCUUUCUUUUCUUGAAAAGCAUUGAAUGAGAUGACCUUCAGUGCAAGCAUCUGACUUCAAUGAGAAAACAAAACUGACUGUUUAUGUUCCCCAAAAGUAGCUCCUGGCAGCUAACUGCAUUUCUCAGGAGUUUAAAAACUGCUGAGGAAAUGAUCAGAUUCCUGGUUAAUUUUCAGGUCCAUAUAGAUUUCUAUGAAAGGUGUUUUUUUUUUAAGUUGACUUUCCUUGAAGAGAAGCUGACUUUAUUUUUAGUUGUGUAUGACAUUGUGUAAAAAGACAAUUUUCACUUAAUGCUAUUGACAGAGAUAUUUCACUAUGAGUUCUUUUGCGUCUUCUUCUGGAGGUAUCACCAGCCUGAUUUAGUGAUGGUCAAUUUUUUGUGUUUACAUUUAAAAGUAUAGACACCUGUCUAUCUGCACCUUUACUGAAAAUUAACAAAGCAGAGAGAUGAUCAGGGUUUUCAUAAAAAUAAAGCUAGUUCUUAAUCAUUUCCUUUUUUUUUCAGGAGAAUGAAGAUGUGUUCUGGGGUUUGGGGUUGGGUUUUUUUCUGUGUUGAAAGAGCCUAAGUAAAUGAUAGCAUUGUUAUAGCAUUUCCCCAUUUUGUUCUGACAGAUUAGUGUGUCACUGAGACACAGGAUGUGAUCACAGAUGAGACAGAUGCUAGCCUGAAUUGUAUCUGUAUUCAGCUGCUAACCUCGCAUCCCUUUAAAGACAACUAUGUGUUUUGGCUCUUCAGACUUUACCAUGGAAGGCUCUAUUGCAUGUAUAGUAAGUCCAGAGUACGAGCAAAGCCUGGAAGGGCAGCUGGAAGGAGAGUUGUGAAGUCUGAGGCUUCACUUGGGUGAAGGACAGAGUCGAGGGGAGAUGGAUAACAGGGCACCGUGUAGAGCUUGUUAAAUGGGAUUAAGUAAGUAUUUUCAGGUAACAGAUCUACCUUAUGGAAGGUGCAGAUAUAUCAUCAGUACUGGUGCAGAUACAUCCUAAAUACUUAAAGGAUUUGAUAUCUUCAGGGUCUUUUUAGGUUUGUAAAACUGGUUUAUUGCCAUUUUUAUUGGUUUUGAUUUCUCAUUCUUUUGUGCAAUAUUCACAAAAGUAGUAAACUACUGUUCAGUGUGUGUGUACAGAGGCAAUUACGCAUCUUAGCAAGUGAAUAAACACAGAAGAAAAAACCAGAAUUGCACUUUAAAUGAGCUUUAUUGCUUGGAGUUGUGCCUAAAAUAAUCUAGAUGCCUCCUGCGAUGUGUGGCUUUUGUUUGAAACUAAUUUCUCUGCCAGUGUUGCUGUUUCCAAGGUAUCUUCACGUCACUUUCACAGAAUCAAUACGCACUCUAGCAUGUUUAAGAAUAUUCAUCUAGUGUACUGAGUUUUUGUUGUGCAAUGAUUUUAAUUCAACCGUGGAAUUUUAACACUGAUGAUGCAGUGAGAUUAUUAUCUUCCCCUUCCCUGAAGCUAGUGCUUCCUACUGCCAAUCAAGGCCGAUGGCAAAACUUCCCUGAGACUAGUGUAGCCCUUAAACGUAUGCCGGGUACAUUAUUCUUUUUGUUUGAGAAAAGUGCAAUAUUAUCUCUUAGACUCUCACAAAGGCCCUGGAAAUCUAAAAUGGCACUGCAUUUUUCAUGUAGUUCUGAAACAAGUGACUUUCUCAAGUUGACUUCUCAUAUCAGUGAGACUAGACGUAGCAACUAGACCGCCUCAUAGGUCAGAAAAGUCAUUUCAUCCUCGAUCGAAACACUGAUUUGUUGUAAUGAUGCUGAAAACCUGAAUCCCCUUUGUGUGAUUUACUUUGCAUGUCACAACCAUGUGCACAUUCUAAAGUGUCAUACUUGGGUAGGUUGCAUGUUGGGGAGGGAAGUAUUUCUGUUCUUGCACAGCACAUAAUCCUCUUAAUAUGGACGUUUUCUUGCCAUACGAAUGGAAAUCCGUCCUUGAAUUUGGCUUCCGUAGCUUUUCCUUAUCUCGUUAAAGUGGCUUUUUCUGAGCAGAGUGGAUUGAAUACAUGAUCCUGGUGGUAGGUCUCAGUAUAGUCAUUUUACAACUGUGUUUUAAGGAAAUUCAGUCACUGUUGUGGUAAAGCUGCUCACUGCCUACUUAAUUGUAAAAGCACCACAAUAAAAACAAUAUAAUGCCAGUAUCACUGAAAUCUUAAAUUCAAUACUAGCUGAAACGAGAGGUACCCUUACUAUCUGCUUUGGUUUGUUUUUUUUAACCCAGGCCAGAGUAAAUACUGUAUAUUGGAAUUUGCUUGUAAAGUUGAUGAAAAGACCUGUAUGUAAAAAUUCUUUCCUCGAUGUUGCUCUAGUGAAUAAAAUAAAAGUCAUAAUUCUAAUAA